AUGGAGUUUGCAGGACAGCUAAGACCUUCCGAGGCCUGUAACUACUUAGCAGUCCCAGGCUUCAGUGGCCUGGACCCAGAUGAAGAUGAAGGUGAUUUAAUCAUCGGCUUCAGACCCAAAUUCUCGCCCAUCCCAUCCCGAAGGAGCUCAAUAUCGGAUGAAGACUCAGAUCCCGACCCUCCUUUCUGCGGCUCACGGAGGGUGUCGUUUGCUGAUGCCAAAGGCCUCAGUCUGGUGCAAGUGAAGGAGUUUGAUACGUGGGAUGUACCAAAGCUGCCAGGAUAUGACUCUGCAGAAGUUGAGGGUAAAGAUUCAGUGGAAUACCACCUAUCACCUUUAACUUUCUCCCUUCCACUGUCAUCCACAGAGGUGAUGGCAAAAGUGUUGAAUCAGAAAGUAGAACUGGAAACAAUUGAGUUACUCCCAGGGACCACAAUACUUAAAGGAGUGAUCCGCGUUCUCAACAUCUCCUACAAUAAGUCUGUGUAUAUCAGGACCUCUUUGGACAAGUGGGCCACUCACUUUGACCUUCUGGCAGAGUAUGUCCCCGGCUCUAGCAACGGCGUGAUGGACAGCUUCUCGUUUAAGCUUACCUUGGUGCCGCCGUUUGGGGAUCAGGGAGUUAUGGUCGACUUUUGUCUGCGGUACGAAACUCCUGCAGGGACAUACUGGGCUAACAAUAACAACAGAAACUACGUGCUCUCCUGCCAGCACAGAAUGAAAGAGGGAUCAGGGAAGCCACAAACAGAAAACGCAAACAAGAAAAGUUGCCUGAAGACCUACAGUCAGAGUGUCUCUACUGUGGAAAACAUUUCAUCAAAGCAAGCUUCAUCACAGGAAAAUAUGUCAACAGAUGAGUCUGUCAGGGCACCAGAGGAGGGCGAAGCCAAGAAAAUCUCUCAAGGUCAAUCAGCAACUUCGUAUGGAGAGGGACAGAAGUUAUCGAUGGAGAACAAACAAAACAGCAGCAGAAGGAGGCAAAGACAAGCUGCACGGAUGGCCAGACUGAGGGACUAUUAUGCUCAGAGUGAAGGAGGAGAAAAAGACAUGGGCAAAGACAAAAAACCCCCAGAAAUAAAACAGACAACUUGUGAAGAAACCCCAGGACACAAUGUUGUCGGCCAGCCACCAUUUAAUGAGGGGAACAUUAAGUCAGAAUGUCCUCAGUUUGUUUUUGACACCCUCGAAGCAUGCAGCAAACCUCUUCAUAAUGCAGCACAUGCCCACACAUCCACCGAGCAAAUGAAAUCUGAACUGGUUGUAUUAGCACGAGGUGAGAGUGCUUCAGAUAUCUCAAACAACCCCCCACAUUCAGCAGGUGAGGCCGCUCCGCCAGAACAGCAAAAUAUCAGGGAGCUUGUCACCACAAAUACAAAAGGAGACAUGAGUUUAGCAUGCACUAACAACCCAGCAACAGCGAGUAAUGAAAUCCUCAUAAGCCAGGCCGACAGUUUCACAUUUAGCACAGUGGUUGCUCCGCUGUACCGUCAAGCAUUUCAGAGGCCGUCAGCUGAAAACCCCGUAAAUAUGGGAGACUUCAAUCAUCCUUCUGAAAUCAGACUGACUUGUUGCGUUGUUCCAAUUAACACUAGAAAUGGCAUGGGCAAAGUGCAGGGAAAUCACACCGAAGAAAAAGAGACAGUAAAUAAAAUCCCAAAGUGUGAGGACAUUGCACAGAAUCCAAUUAAGAAGGAAAAGAACCCUGACCAGAGUGGGACUAACAUAUCUCUGGGUCAACAACAGCUUUUAGGACGCAAUUUUCCAUUUGAGAGUAUCCACUCCCAGACAAAAGCACAGGAGGAAAUUCAGUCCAGUGGAGCAGCUAAACCACCACAAUGUCAAUCACCAGAACACAACUAUUCCCUCAUUUCAGCAAAUGUAGAUGAAACACUUGCAAAGGAUAAAACUAAGCAGGGUUUUAAACCUUUUCGGAUUAGGCUAGGACAUUUUGCUGCAGGAACCAACCAGCUGGUCACUGGGGUUCAAGAGAAGGAUUAUGAGUGCUCAGAGGUAGACAAGGAAAAUGAAAGUAGGAAAUCUGUCACGACUUCGACGGAAGACAAACUUUUACAGGUAUUCAAUGAAUUGAAUUCCAAUCAAACUGACAGUAAAGGUUGCCUGAAUAGUACUGUCUAUCUUUGUGAACCAGAGAGAAAAGAUCUUGCAUCGCUAAAUGAAUCUUUGGAAGCUCAAGAGGAAGCAAAUAUAGACAAAGACGUUUUUGGCUUAGAAAAAGGUAAUAAAAGCAACUCUAAUGAUAUUAAGGUAAUGUAUGAAGUUGCUCAGUCCAUCAUAAAUGAGGUUAGAAGUAACAAUCACUGUCAUGCUGAUAUGUCUGGAAGAUCCGAUGGUCUAAAUGUUCUGGAAAAAAAAGGACAUUGUGAAAUGGAUUCCUCUUUCAUAAACCAAGAUGAGGAUUUCCUUUUAAUGGAUAUUGUUGAGGGGAAAAACUGGGAAAUGAUGGUUGAAGAGGAGGAAAACAGUGUUUUAUCAAAAGAAAAACAGAUUGGGCUACUAAAUUCAAAGACAGAGGCCAAUGAAACCGAUGGGAAAGCAGAAGAAGCAACAGGGAUAAAGAUAGAAAGGGCUGUGGUGGAGGAGAGCCAGGUGUGCAUAGGGAAGGAAUUCAAGCCGGUUAAUAUCAUAAAGACAGAUGGAAUAGAAAGUACUGAACUAAACAAAAUGGAUGGACAAAAAGUAACAGAGCUGCAGAACGAAACCAAGAUACACUGGGUCAGUACAGAAAAGGCAGGUGUCCAAGAAGAUGAGGAAAAAACUGAAAUUGACAUGAAGCAGGAUAAUCUGGCACAGCUGAACAAGGAGAACGGAGAACAGAAGAAUACAGACUUUAAACAGAUAAUCCUUGUUAGUGAAGCAGGUGAGAUUGUAAUUACAGAUGCAGACUCAGAUAUGGCAAUGCAAAACAGAGAGGAUGAAGCAUGGUCUUUUAAAGUAGGGUCAGACUUUACACAAAGCAAGGUUGAAGAUGAUUUAUCUGCGCUAGUGAGCAGAGCUGCGAAAAACGAUUCAAGUGAGAGGCAAUAUGUGUACAGUCAAACUGAUACUCGUCCGACCUAUAAGGAUGGGGUUCAAAGCAACAAGGGUGCCACAGAUGACCAAUCAAAGGCAGACACCAAAAACCCUACCUCCAAAGGAGGUAUGUGCGAUUCAGCCGACGAACCUGAUAGCAAUUCAGCAGAGUCUGACUCAGACGAAGAGCUACAGUUGUAUGUGCACUGCCUGAGGGCUGCUGGUGCACCAGCACAGGUCCACAAAGACAAGAUCAGAGAUGCAGGAUUCACGGCAUCCAAAAGACCCUCCAUAAACAGAGGCAAAUUGCCACCAACACCCAUGCCAUCCAUCAGCGAAGCUCUGAAUGAAGAACAGCAGCACAGCAGUCCUCCGGAGACCCACAAGGACAUAAAAACACCUACUGAGCCAACAUCUGAUAAACAGGAGACUAUUAACCAAAAUGAGUGGAGAUGGAAAGACUUAUUUUGUUGCAAAACAUUGCUGUACACCUCCUUGAUGGUGGUGUUUACAGUUGUGGCAUACCAUUAUGAUUUUCUUGCUUGUUUCUUGCUUUACAUGAUAUCAGUCAUUUGGCUAUGCUGUAAAGGAGAGAGACAACCAAUUGAAAAAGGGAAGAAUAACUGAAUUACACUGUAAAAAGCAGUUUUAAGAGGACUCCUGGGCAUUAAACCUUAUAUAUUAUGCAUAUGAGAAUAAUUCUUGUAUUUUCCCUAUGGGAGGAUGUUUAGACUCUGUUGUCAAGAGUAUAAACAAUUAGCUGUAUGCUUAUCUGUGGACAAAAUGUUGUGUGACCCAAGAAGAUUAUUGUCAUAGAUUAUAAAUCAGUUGUGGAAGGCAUGGUAAAGUGUAAAUAAAGGCUUAAUGUGUGCUGUUUGGGGCUACUGAAAAAACUAUGAAAUAGUUGUAUUUUCAUCAUAAUAAUGGUAAUAAAUUACUCAGCUAAUACA